AUGGCUAUCAUAGAAGAAGAGACGCUUCCUAGAAUCGCAUCCGAGCAUGUCGUUGCGAUUUAUCAGCAAGAGCCAGCAGCGGACAGCAAUGAGAUUUCUACCGAUAUUGAACGAGGAGCUGUAUUACCGCCAGGCAAUGACUUCGAACAAUCUGAGCCAUACGACGAUAUGCCCAUGCAGAUUGAUAACCCAGAGAGUUCUCGCCACCACCCCGGUAGCAAUGCGGCGGAUGUGGUCAUCGGCGACUCCAAACAUCCACAAGCUGUAGAUUUCACUCCUACAGUCAAUCCUGCAUCUGCUCUCAUUGCGGCCCCGCGUAGGAGAGUAGCAGAUCGUGAUUUGCAUCCUUUGGAAAUCGACAACACAGUAGCUGCACCCUUCAACAACGAGGACCGCAUUCUCAUCGAUCGCUCAAGACAAGGAAGGCGCCCACAUCAGCGCGCGUUGGUACCCAAAACAUCACCUGUGCAAAGCCCGAAGACUACACCAACCCUAAUUUCGAGCAAAUCUACACCUGACUCCGCAAGGACAGACCUGAGUUUCGCGUCCACAGCCACCCAAGCUACACUGUCGGGCUCCUCCGCAAUCGCGACACCCUCUCUUGCUGUAGAAUCACCUGUUACCCCGUAUACUCCCUCAGAGAGUCAGUUGGUUUGCAGAGACUGUGGGCAAGUGUUCAACACACCAGGCCAGCAAAAGUACGUAUUCUCCUUCCCAACCUCCUCUGCCUCACCACAGUACCGCAAUAACAGUGAACCCAUACUAAUCACAUCCUUUAGAAAACACUACAACCGCCAACACAAACUACGCUACGUGUGCGACAUCUGCGUGCGACCUUUCGGCGUACGAGCAGACCUAGAACGCCACGAGCACACAGUACAUUCGGAUUUGUUCCGGUCCAACAAGCGAUUUUGGUGUACUGUGCCUGGUUGUAAGACACCAACUCAAGAGUGGAAGCGCAAGGACAAUUUUACUAGGCAUGUGAGGAGUUGCGAAGCGAGGGUGGCAAGAGUGGCGGGAGCGAAUGGAGGAGGUGGGAAAGGAAAGGAACGAGCUUUGGACAUGGAAUGCGAUUAG